AUGCGGCCCCGGGAGCAGCGCCGGGAGCAGCACCCGCCGCGGGGCACGGCGCUGCCCGCCGCUGUCGGGGCGCUGUGCCGGGCCCUGCCGCCCCGCGGUCGGCCCGCCCCCGACACCCUGCGCCGCGCCAGGUUCGACCGGCCGCAGGCGAGUCUGGACUUCUGGAAGCUGCUGUAUGUGCUUCUGAAGCAGAUCCAUGGGGGCAGGUGGACAGAGUCUGAUGCCAUAGGUAGCCAGGUGAGGUUUGUGAAGUGGGCACUGUGGUACCACGGCUAUGGGCGGCCACAGCUGCAGCAGCUCCCUGCUGAUGGCUCAGUAGGCAGCCGUGAGCUGCUGCUGGCCUUCUCCUGGUUGCUGCAGAACCUGCAUCUCCUGGAGCAGCUCCUGGCUCGGAACAGGGUACAGACUGGGGACGAGACCUCUGUGUGCACGUGUGAAGAUGAUGUGCCCAGCAGCCUGGAAGGUACAAGUGAAGCAGGAGCUGAGGACAGAGUGGAUGUUCGGUACCUGCAGUGGUUAAACGGGAGGCUGAGGUUGCAGUGGUGUACUUUGCACGCUCAGCACCAAGAACAGUGCAAACUUCUGCACAAGAUCCAUUUAUUCACAAGUGGCUCCCACAUGGACCAGAACCUCGGACAUUUUUCUGUCACAGAAACUGAUCUCACUAGACACCCAGAGAACUACAAGCAGCUAUUGCAGCUCCUGGAGUCUGAGACCAUGCAGCUGGAAGCCUUUCUGGAAUGGAAGCAGCUGGAACCAGUGUACUGGCAGUGGAUGGAAACUGUGUUGGAUAGUAUGGCUGAAGAGGGCAAUAUGUGUGAGUCCCAGGAUGCUCACGGGGAGAAGAGAAGGCUGCCAGAGGUGAGCUCCUGCUGCCCCUGGGCUGCCAGGCUGGCUGGGCAAAUGGACAGAUUAUCCAGAGACCUGCUGGCUCUCCAGGAGCAGCUGCAGCAGAUGGUGGCUCAGCGAAAAGCUGCGUGGUGGGAGAAGGUGGCAGCAGGAGAAGAACUACAGAAGGAGAGGUUCUCUGCCACUGCUAGGAAGAUUCAGGAAAGCGUUGAACUAAAGCUGAGAGGUCUCCCAUGCCUUCGUGCUCCAAAGAAAAGCAAAAUGCACGGUUCGUGCAGGCUGGUGCUGAGGAACGAACACCCUGCCAGCCAAAGGGACAUUGCUGGGUGUGUGUCCAAGGAGGCUGUGUCAGCUGUGAGUGCUGCAGAGGUGAUCAGGCAGCUGCAGGUGAGGGAGGCCAGCCUGCAGAGAGAGCUGCAGCAGCUGCGGGAGCAGUGCCGGCUCCGGCUGCAUGGAAUUGCAGAAGGCUGGGAGGGAGUGAUUUUCAUCUCCCCUUGAAGAGAGAAACCAAGCAGAAUGCUUGGAGGCAGUGAUUUGUAUCUCCCAUUGAAUAGAGAGACCUGGGCUGGGAAGAAGCAAAGCAAUGGAGUAGCUUGGUCACGUUGUGCAAGCUGAGGAACCAAAUGUGAUUUCUAAUUCUUUAGCCUGGGAACCAUAACUCGUUACUGCUUUGUGAGUUGUACUGGGGCCACAACCUCAGUGCUCUCUCUGCAGCCCCUUUAUUGCUAACCUUGCCAAUUAAACUCUGCAUUAGGCCUUGGUGAGAGUGUGCAUAAAUCUCCCUUUUAUCUUCUGGAUUUCUAGUUCUUCUGCCAAGCACUGAGCUCUUUUACAGUGCUCAGCUGUGAGGCACAGCGUACGUUCAGGCUGUGCAUUGAAGUACUAAUUGCAUUCAAUAUUUUCCAGCAAUUGGAAGAGUUCAUUAGUCAGAAAAAUCCAAGUAUUGGAGAACAUGAAAAAUACCUAGGCUUAGAGAGAUUGGAAAUGUUCAAGAAAGUGUGUUGUUUUAAUUCGGCUGCUUGCAGUAUUUGUGGCAGCUAUAAUGUAGUCACAAUAAAGAAAAACAAAUGCCCAAUACUAAAUAAAGCACUGCACUGAUUUCAUUUACUGGUGUGAUGCACUUGGAGUAAUUGGGUUCUCAAAGAGAACAAACUAGAAACCCAUUCCACCAGGUUAUGAGUCACAAUGAGAUGGAUAACUUACGGAUCUGCUGUAGGAAGUUUCUGUGAGACAGAAAUGCAGCCUUAACUUCCAAGUCCGAGGAGUCUCCAAGCUCUGUCUCUGAAGGCUUCUUCCCUUGGAACAAUAAAGUGCUUUGCCUUUGGCCUUAAUUUCCUACCCUUUUCUGGUUUGCUUUCACCAAGGAAUAUUUUUACGUUCUAG